AUGACACCUGAAUUCUUAAAGAUAAACCCGGCUCAUACAGUGCCCGCAAUCAGUGAUAAUGGAUUUAAUCUAUGGGAAAGCCGAGCCAUUUUGGCCUACCUGUGCAACCAAUACUCACCGGAAAGUAGUCUAUACCCAAAAGAUCCUAAAACGCGAGCUCUGGUCGACCGCUCCCUUAACUUCGACAACACAUUCAUGACUGCCUUUAGAGAAGUGGCCAAACACUUGAGUGGAGUGGAUCCUGGUUAUCCUAAUAUAGAGCGCUGGUAUUCAACGCUCAGAGAAUUGCCAUAUUUUGCCGAAAUCAACGAAAUUUCCAAAGAGGAAAUGGAUGCCUUCUUUGUUAGG